GGUCUUCGCCAUGGCUGGGGUCACAGUAUUUGACUCAGCCGAGACCCCAGACAUGUCGACGAAACUGGGCAGCCAACCCAGCUGCCGGCUUGAGGCGCGCACGCAGAGGGAGGAAAGAAGGCGGACGAAGGGAGAUCGUCGCCUACUGUCCAGCACCUCGCCGUGGCCGCAGACGUUGCUGUUUCUCUAGCCGCCGGUUGCAUUGGUGUGGCAUGCAUUUGCUAAUACGUUGUCACGAGUUGUCGCGCCUUGUCACUGGUUGUCCAACCGUACCGUGGAUCGAUGCAGGCACUCAAUGGGCAGGCGCACGAGGGAUAGGGCACCAAGCAGGUUGCCGGCAGAAAAGCUGGCACAAGGUUGGGUCGACCGCCCUGGAAUGCUGCCAACCUAGGGGCCAGCCUAGUCCACCAGCUUCCAUGCGCGUCCAAGUGAGGCACUUUAGCACUGAGCAGAGAGGGGAGAUGGAGGGGAGGGGAGGGGAAGUGGCGGCACCAUGAACCGUUCCAACUGGCGCAAACGACUAUACAUAAGUCGGCAGCCCAGCGCGCCGUCCUGCACCUCUCGUGCCACCAUUCCCCAGGAAAAAGGUGCGGGCGACCUGUGGCAUGUUUUUAGGGUCAGAUCAGGUCUUUUCGAUCCAUUGGCCUUGAUCAGAUGCCCAGAUCCUUCCGCGCCUUGUCACGCUUGCCUUGCAAAUCGCGUCCGGGUCAAGGGUCAAGCGACUGAGCAUGACGGCUGCCGGCACAUGAGUGGCUGUCUCUGCUUAUGUAACCAAUCGGAAAAGCCCGCCGCCUAUGUCCAAGGCCAAACCCGCCUGCUCCGUGCGAGGACCACCCGCACCCAAAAAUUUUCCCCAAGCCGCCCUCCACUAGCGUCAUUCCACACUCUUAUCCGGCCGCAACCAACCUGGAAGCUUCCCAGUCUGCGAUCCGUCACUCCCUCAGCCCAAUCUUCACCUAUCCUUUGUGCCGACUUUGUUUGAUCCCAGGCCAACCUUUUCUUCCCGCUCUCUUUCACCACGCCUUUGCUGUCGAGCGCUGCCCUCGGCCACCGCCCGACCGGCCCUCGCAAUCUCCGGCUUUGCUUCUGCGCAACCCCCUUUUGCCGCCCUUGCCCACCACCAGACAACGCCCACGCGAGCUCCUGCCCGCGAGCGUCUCCCGAGCGAGGCAACCACGGCCGCACCGCGCCAUGAUCGCAUAACAGCCACUCAACAUGGCCUUCAACUUCAACUGGUCGCCGCUCGCGGCCGACGCGAGUUUCUACCAGCGCGCACGCGACCUCCUCACCACCGCCCUGAACAAGUCCCCGAAACCUCCGAUAAUAGUCGACGACAUCCUUGUGACCGAGUUCAACCUCGGCUCCGUUCCUCCAGAGUUGGAGAUCCUCGAGAUCGGCGACCUGGCUGAGGAUAGGUUCCGGGGCAUCUUCAAGAUGUGCUACUCGGGUGACGCGUUCUUGACGCUCAAGACAAGAGUUCAGGCAAACCCCCUGAACACCUCCCUGCACUCCAAACCGAGCUUCACGUCGCCGACACCCCUAGCUGCCGCCUCGGGCUUGACGAUCCCUCUCCAGAUUACGUUAUCGGAGAUCAAGCUCUCUGCUUUCAUCAUCGUCGUCUUCUCCAAGCAGAAGGGCCUGACCCUGGUCUUUCGCAAUGACCCACUGGAGUCCCUCAAGGUCUCGUCGACCUUUGACUCGAUACAGUUUGUGCGGGACUAUCUGCAAAGGACCAUCGAGGGGAAGCUGAGGGACCUGAUGAUGGAUGAGCUGCCCGCCAUCAUCCACAAGCUGUCCCUGCAGCUAUGGUGUCCAGACCAGCUCCCCAAGGACGACGAGGAGAAGGCGGACGAGACGGACGAGACCACGGUCAACCCAUUCGCCAGCCCCCCUGUCGACGCCGUCGAUGCGAACGGAAACCCCGUGGAUCCUAGCGAAAUCUCCAACAUUGCCGUCAAUGGCGGCGCCGACCUGCAGUCGCUUUUCUCGCAGCGCAGUCUAUCCCAUCUGUCAUCCCUCAUCAACUCGCAUCUCACAUCAUCUCUCUCCACGCCUCCAGCCCCCGAAGUCAUUUUCCGCGCCAAGGCCGGCCCGGUGGACAAGGUGGAGGGCUGCGCUUCGCCAUCCCCGCUGGCACCCAGUCUAGUGAAGUCGCAUUCGUUCCACGGGUCCACGACGGUCUAUACCUUUUCGGAUACGAGCAGCCAGUCCAACGGGCAGCUUCCGUCACGCCCGUCACUAGUCAGCAUGAACUCUGCCACUACUGGUCUCGGUCUCGGCUCGAGUCGGCACGCCAAGCCGUUCGCCAACCGGAAAAAGAAGAACAGGGUCGUGAACCUCAGGCGCAAGACGGAGCCAGAAGCCAGCAGCGAUACGGGAGAGACCGAAGACGACACGUCCUCGGUCGAGCCUCCCUCGUCAGACUUCACUGCGUCGACUUCUAUCCCCGAGGAGCCCGAGGAGGAGUCCGUGCCUGACCCUGCAAGCUGGAGCAGGAUCCGUUACGCGCCCGGCAAUGAUCGGCCCCAGCUUCAGCGUGCAGCUCUGAGUCGCGACGUUUUUACCCCAGUACCCGGAACGGACAGGGUAGAAACGACGGACCCCAUAUUGGCUCAGCCGGAGCCCACCAAGGAGAACAUUGUUCCAGCCGGCAACCCAGAAGUCAAAGAGAAGAAGAGCAUGAAGGAGCCUCUCCGACCACGCACCAACUCGGAAGCCCCUUCUGUGAUAUUAGAACAGGCCUGGAUCAUGAAGAUGGCGGGCGAGAUCGCCAAACGCGUCUACGACGAGAAGCAGCGAAACCCAAACUUCUGGGACGACCGGGAGGACUUGCCACCCCCGGCAUACGAAGCUCAACCGAGAUCGACGAGCUCGUAAACAGUGCCCCGCACCUCACCGACCACUAUCGACACUCUCACUCUUUCACACAAAAUUUCCUAUGUGCCUCUCAUCUACAUUCCAUAUAAAGCCCUGCUGGGGAAAGGGCAUAGGGUGGCGUCCGGUCUGUCUUUGGAAGCAUGGCGGGACCACUUACGAUCCUGCUGUGCUCAGCAUUACUACAUAAUUUGGUAAUGUGUUGUUUUACAGCGCAAAACUACACUAACGGCGUUUUAACGAGGAAUUAUACAAUGGGAUAGAUGGUGGGUGGCUCAUGAAAAAAAUCACGGCGGUUUUUCUUAGCGGUCGUUUGGCCGACAGGGGAAGAAGGGAGGAGGAAGCCUCGCCCGUCGAGGGCGGGCGAGGCAACGGGACCGCUUUCGGUCACACACAGCAGUAUAACCAGGUCACCCACCUGUGCAGACUCUCAUGUAUCGUUUCUUGUUUUAUCUCUUUUGUCGGCGCUGGCGAGGGGCCCUCAAUGGGUGUUUUUUCAAUGGUGUGUACACGUACGAGUAAACGUACGUCACUGGCGCGGCGCAUGCCAGCCAAGUUGAGGUUGCCGGGCUGGCGAGUACCGGCCAGCAUACUCAGUUGGAUAUUCCGAUAGAUUCGUGAAUCGACUAUCCCACUCUCACUCACAAACC